UUUAAAGCAACCGUUCUGCUCCAGUAGACAAUUUUCGAGCGAGAUAUCUCGCAAAGCAAGCGAGAUUCAAAGCGCAAACAUGCUCGGCGAUUACGCGUAUCUCGAGCGCUUACAUUGUUGUAUUCCGCAUUAAAGAAUUAACGCAAGAUCUCACGCAUUGUCACGCAUACAUCUGUGUUCAACACUCAUUUGCUCAUAUUUGAUUAACUUUUUCGCAAUGGCUCAUAUUUUGCUCAUAUUUGGUUAACUCUUUCGCAAUGGUUCUAACACAGAUGCGUAGAACUAAUAUGUGUGAGCAUAUAUGUGGGAGCCUUGGUCUCUGCUGCGAAAAGAAAGCCAGUCGGCCGAAAAGUACGGAGUCAGUCGAAACGUUUUCGCGAGCGAAAUAUAAGUCUUUGCAUUAAUAAACCGUUACUCUAAAAUUAAACCACGAUCACUCAUUGGUCGUUCGAUCUUCGAGUGCUGUGUCCAGCGGAACUGGUAUUACAGUGGAUGAACCCGCAUGCAUUCCUUCGCAAAGGGAAAGUUUAUGCAUAAUUAAUGAAUGGGACGCCUCACUUGCUUGGUCCAACGUGCGCCCAAUUUCAGUCUGCCGUGGGCAGCGAAGCGUGAGUGUUGUUUGAUCAGAUCGUCAUGCUAUCCAGAUGGCUUUGCGCACUUCUCUUGAUCCUAACGAUUCAAGACAUUAUUGCGAACACUGACUAUAUCGAUGUAGCCAAAUACAACAUGGUGUAUUAUAAUCUGACCACACGACUAGGACUGAGAGCUGAACUGGAAGAAACUAGUCGACAUCCUCUAUUUAACCCCAAGAUCUCUUUCCGUGGUUUGGGAUGCAACUGCCAGAGCCUCACUUGCAGCUGUUGUGCCGGUAUCAACAUGACUGCUAUCAACUUUGAUCAUCGUGUCUGCACCAAUUUCACCUAUGACCCCAACGAGUUUGCCAUCAAGCUCGCAGUCAUAAUGAACGAGAACGUGGUUUAUACAAACUCUUUGUCCGCCAAAAAUCCGCCACCUCUCUGCAUGCCCUUUGCUUACAUUCCAAUGGUAAACUUCUGUGUACGCUUCUUCGACAUCUACACGCCCAGCAGCAAUUUGCACGCAUGUAUCGACUUUGAGACACGCGUGCUGAAGUGGCCAAUUUUGAUCUUGCACUUCGAUUGUUUACAAAUCGGACUGGAUGGUGUUUCUUGGGUAAAACCAGAAGGCGAUAGCAGUGCUCUUCAAGUUCAGAUGGCAGCGACCGAGCCCGAAGUAUACGACGACGUAGACUUUGAGCAAGAUCCUGUAUUUCCGAACAAUCAGACUUCCGUCUUGACUCCUGAAGAGGAGAACAAUAUCGGUCAAUUAAAGCUGUGAUUUUUACGUAAUCGCAUAAUUAUAUGUGCGUUGUAAUGUUAUUAUUAUAAUGACCUCGUUUAAUUAAUUUGUUAUUUAUUAUAUUUAAGUGCAACGUGUUGUAUGCAUAUAAUUAUAAGAACGAAGUUAGAAUGUGUACGCAUAUUGUAUAAGAAUAAUCCAUUUAGACUAUUAUGUAGAUCCAAAAUAUUAUGUAGAUCAUAUCCGAUGCAUAUAAAAACUUAUACUAAAUUUAUACUAAAUUAGCGUAUUAUUCUCUUCAACUAUAUUAUAUUGUA